UCACAAAUAGGACACAGCUCUCAGAUUCAGGCAGUCCCAACCUGACCUUCAAGCACUCGGAACCCAAGAAAAUCGGGGACUGUCGAAAACACAAAUUUCAGUUUUUUUUUUUUUUUGCUUUUUUCACUACUUGCUCUCACUUUGGUUGCCUUAUCAUCUGGAGUAUACUUUUUUCCCAAGACAUUAGCGGGGCGGAAAGACGUUGCAUUUUCCCCCCACCUCAAUCUAUCGUAUACAAUUAUUUCAGUUGCUUGUACUUGCAAGGAAGUGAAGCUUUUUGUCUGUGAAUCUCUCGCUCUAGAUCUGUUCGGAUGAUCUGAAGCUACGGGGGGACUGUAUAUGGAAGUUGUGGGGUGCAAGGCAGAAGACAGCAGUUGCACAUUGCGUCCAGCAGCCAUGCUUUUUCACGGGAUCUCCGGGGAUCAUAUUCAAGGAAUCAUGGAGGAGAUGGAAAGGAGAUCUAAAACGGACUCCCGUCUGGCCAAAAGCGUUCAGAUGAACGGAAGAGACGCGUGUAUGCCCUCAAUGAGCCCGGAGAAGCCAGCCCUGUGCGCUGGCUGUGGCGGUAAAAUCUCCGACAGAUACUACUUGCUGGCCGUGGAUAAGCAGUGGCACCUGAGGUGUCUGAAAUGCUGUGAGUGUAAACUGGCCCUGGAGUCUGAGCUCACGUGUUUCGCGAAGGAUGGCAGCAUUUACUGCAAAGAGGAUUAUUACAGGUUCUCCGUGCAGAGAUGUGCCCGCUGCCACCUUGGGAUCUCAGCCUCGGAAAUGGUCAUGCGCGCCAGGGACUCGGUGUACCACCUGAGCUGCUUUACGUGUACCACGUGUAACAAGACCUUGACCACUGGUGACCACUUCGGCAUGAAAGAUAACCUGGUGUACUGCAGGGUCCACUUCGAAACCCUCAUCCAGGGAGAAUACCACCCUCAAUUAAACUACACUGAAUUAGCUGCCAAAGGCGGGGGGCUGGCAUUGCCUUACUUUAACGGCACUGGCACGGUCCAAAAAGGAAGACCACGGAAAAGGAAGAGCCCAGCCAUUGGGGUAGAUAUUGCGAGUUACAACUCAGGCUGUAAUGAAAAUGAGGCUGAUCACCUGGACCGAGACCAACAGCCUUAUCCACCAUCCCAGAAGACCAAACGCAUGCGCACGUCCUUCAAGCACCACCAGCUCCGCACCAUGAAGUCCUACUUUGCCAUCAACCACAACCCCGACGCAAAGGAUUUAAAGCAACUUGCCCAGAAAACCGGGCUGACUAAAAGAGUUCUUCAGGUUUGGUUCCAAAACGCAAGAGCCAAAUUCAGAAGGAACGUUUUGCGACAGGAGAAUGGGGGUGUUGAUAAGGCAGACGGCACGUCACUUCCUCCCCCCUCGUCCGACAGCGGAGCGCUCACCCCACCCAGCACCGCGACCACACUAACAGACCUGACCAAUCCCUCUAUCACUGUAGUGACUUCUGUGACCUCUAGUCUGGACAGUCACGAAUCCGGGAGCCCCUCGCAAACCACACUGACGAACCUUUUCUAACGAUUUUUUAAAAUACACCUUUCAAGUAACCAGAGACAGUUCUUGGGAGAGCAAAUAAACGAGCAUUCAAACUCGACUAUUGGUGUGUAGCAUUUGCGACCGCUUGGCAGCUGAGUUUUUAGUGUAUUCAGCGAUUUGUUUGUGUUGAGAAAUUUGACAUUAUUGCUGAUUAUGUAAAGCGAUCACACUCACUUCUGGAACCCUAGCCCCCAAAACAAUCAUGUUAAACAUUUAAAUGAGAAUGUUAUAACAUUCUAUUUGUUCAUUGAAAUGAAUUCACAAAUCUAAAUUGGCUACUUUCAAAUAAAUUGGAUAUAUUGUCUAACUUCUUUCAUUCCAAACAUGUACUCAUUAUUUAUUGAGUAUUUAUGUUUCCCACAAAGCUCUGUAUGUAUGCACUAUAUUGACAUUGUCCUUUGAACAAAUAUUUUAAAUACUUUAUUUUCGAAAGGUUCAAUACAAAAUCUCCAGGCUGGAUGUGCAAUACUGCUAACCCAGAAACAUAAACAAUGGGAACACUGUUUCAACAGAUUAAAGUCUUAAGCAAUUUAUUGAUCUGAACUCUGUUCAAAAGUGCAAAACAGUGAGCGUAAAAACGCUGUUCAAACACAGCUAAUAGAUCAGGUCAAUAAAUGACCUUUCAAUUUUAACAGUUUGGGAUAUUGUUUCAUUUGUCGUUUGUGUGUUAGCAGUGUCAUCCCAUUCAGCCUGGAGACUUUAUAUUGAAUUACCUGGAGAUUAAAGCACCGGCAGUGAAAUUCCUGUUAGACACAAAGAAGGAAAGGAUUCAUUAGUGCAGUGUUUGUUUGAUACUUAUACUGUAUUUCCACUUGGGAAAUGUAAAAAAAAAUAUCCAUUUGAACAAUGCUGAGACAACAGCAUUAAGAAUUAACUGUUAGUCAUACUCUUUCAAGGAUUUGAUUUUCACAGUCUAUUGGAUUGUAAAAUUUUCACUGCCUCCAAAUAUGAUAAUCAUGCUAUUGUGUACAUAUUCAUGUAAACAAAUUGAAAUUGUACAUGGUAGCAAUAGGCUUUGGUAAUGUCCAAUGGAAUACACAUUACCCCAGUGUUCAGUAUUUCAAAUAAAACUGUUAAAAUUAGAUUAAUAAAUUGAAUGCAUAUUCCCAUUGCUGUAAACUCAAACUCCAGGUGGAUGCUAACUGCAGUAUACAUUUUGUUUUUGCAUACAAUUCAACUGUAGCAGGAGGCUAACAGAAUAUAGAUCUGUGCAGUGGUAAUUGUUCAACAGGCGAUGUAAUCAUAAUAUCAGAUAUGGUUUGAAAAUAACAACAAAAAUUAGGGAUAUGAAUUCUAAUUGGGAGUCCUAACUUUCAGUAUAAAGCAAGGCAAAGGGUGGGCACUGUUUUAAUUGAUUGUUUCCUUUUUAAAUGAUAGAGCACUUUUAAGCUUCUUUAAGCCUCAUUAUGUAAAAACACUAACGUGAAUGAACAGAUCUGGAUUCAGAAUGCCAGUAGAAUUAGUUCAAUUGCAAAGUGACAAUAUACUGCCCAGAUGAAAGUGCAUUAUUAUCAUGUUGCUCAGGGUGUUAAGAAUAAGGACAAAAAAGAAAUGAAAGAACAGACAAGGUAGGGAGCUGCAUAUACGUUGAGUUGAGGGCUGAGGAAACAUUAUAAAGACCUCCAAGAGCUGGAAUGCUUUGAAUGAGCCAGAUGAAAAAAAUUGUCAUCCACAUUUUUUUAUCUUUUUUGGCCAUGUUUUCCUUUCUUUACGGACACUUGCCACUGAACAGACCAAAAAUGUGCUUCUUCUGGCUGAAAGCGAAAGUGAGAGUCCUUGCUUGGGUUGAAACAUUUCAUUCUAAGUGUCAAAAAAAUUGUUCUUUUGUAGAACAAAAUGGUACUAUAAAUCUACUUAAUAAAGUAGAUGCCUAACUCAGUUCUACUAUGUGCCUUAUGCUAUAACUUGGAAGAAAGUUUGUGAAAUUCAGGAUAUGUGUUGUUUGUUAUCUGACUCACAUCCUUUUAACGCCUCACUAGUUUUGUACUGUUUUACAUCUUAUUUCUGAAGAUCUUUUUAUGGUGUAUCCUGUUGAAAGGGGACAGCGAUGUCAUAGAAAGCAGUUGUGCACUCUUUCAGAUAUAGUUGGUAAUCCAAGAAUCUUAUAUAUUGAUCUUUGUGUUUAUAGUACAGUAAGUGUUCUAACAAGAUUGUCCAUGUUUCCUUGUUUCUUGAUAAAGAUGGUGUAUAGAAACUAUUUCCCCUUAAAUAUUUAUGGACCAAACGGUUGUUAUAUAUCUUAUUAAAUUUGUGUGAAUAAAAAAAUACUUUGCUUUAAA